AUGACAAAUAUUAAGUCUCAUGCAUACACCACAAAGUUAAAGGCGUUGAAUGAAGCUUGUUUCAAGCUGGUGAACAAUGCAAGUAAUUUGCCAUCCUCAAAUGAUAUAACUAGCUUGUUGAAAUUUUUUCAAAACAGCCUAUACAAUUACCGAAUUUGGCAUAAAUCAUUCAUAGUACUCUGGAUUCAUUAUAUGGUCUACUUCGGAAAUUGUACCAAUUAA